CACACACACACACACAGAUCAGUGUGUCACAGUGUCACUGUUUUACCGGGGAACGGGAUAUACUGGCGAUUUACAUUCAGUCGGACUACAGCCACCGGCAAUGCGCUGCUUUAAUUUUAACUGAGAGACGGAAUAACUGCAAACAUGACGGUGGAUUUUGAGGAAUGUAUUAAAGAUUCUCCCCGAUUCAGGGCGAAUAUCGAUGAAGUAGAGACUGAUGUUGUGGAAAUCGAAGCCAAGCUUGACAAGCUGGUGAAGUUAUGCAGUGGUAUGAUCGAAGCUGGAAGGGCCUACGCUACCGCCAAUAAACUCUUCGUCAAUGGCAUUCGAGACUUAUCUCACCACUGCAAAAAAGAGGAGAUGAUCUCGGAAUGUCUUGAAAAGUGUGGAGAGAGUCUUCAGGAAAUCGUCAACUAUCACAUGCGUAUUACGUGUGCCGUGGGGCGUAACUCAACCCAGAGAUUGUGGAUCUCUUUACACGAGGUGUUUCUCCUCAUAUGUGGCUGA